AUGGUGAAUUUUAGCCUUCCAGGAAUUUCCUAUGCCAAUAGGUUCUUCAAAGAUAAAAACUAUUACCGAUGCAUUAUAUUGGGACAGGGCAAUACGGGGAAGACCACCCUUUUAUGCCAGCUCAAGCUGAAGGAACAAAUAGCUACGAUUCCCACAAUGCGCCAGACUUCCAAUGUCGAGACGGUCCAUGCGGAUGUGAACGAACUCCACAAGGGCUCUUCCAACAAUACCAAGCUCAAUAAUGCUAUUGAAGAUCUAAAACAUAUCCUGGGAAGAAUAACUGAAGCCAAAUACCUAGCUGUGAUCUUUACCAAUCGCAACCAGAUGCUCCGUGGUGAUCCUCGAGUCGAAAGACAAAUCUCAAGCGUGAAGGAGACCAACUUAGUGGAGCUACAGAUGCUCAGACUCAUCCUUGCAGCUCGAAUGGAGAAAAACUAUGUCCAAGGUGUUUCGAUGAAGGCUAUGGUGCCGCCACAUCAUUCCAGUCUACGUGCCCCAAAACCUUUGUCAGAUGAUUUCCUGGGGAGAAAAGAGACAGGAUCCAACGAUGUGAAUGACCAGUUAGAUUCAGAUGAAUUUAUGCGACGGAUGAUUUCUGGGGAACUGGAAAAAUGGGAUCAUCAGGACCAUUUGCGUGCUGGGUUCCUAACACUCAAAAAGUGUAUUCUCAAGGAAAGCGUGAUAUUCGAUGCUGCUGAUUUGUUUCUUGAGCGGCUAGAUAUGAUGUUGAAGGCUGCGCCGCAUAAAUUUCGAGAUACUUCGCCCCAUAGGACAUUGACAAUAUUUUGGCUUCACCGGAUCUAUCACAACAUGCUCUCCUUCUACAAAAGGACCGGUUUAUUUCCCGACCGCAAAGGAUUCAAUGACGUUAUUUUGGAGAAUCCUGAUCUUACAGAUAGCUCUUCCUGGGAUUUGUAUUAUUCCAAGGAUGUUUUGUCCAGUCCUGAGGCUAAAAACGGCUGGAAACUCCUCAACAUAAAAUCACUUCCUCAUCACAUAAGCUGUCGAGCAGAGAGCCAACAACGAACUCUCCAAACCCAAGAGACAAACAAGCCCGAGGAUCUCUACACACAACUAUGCACAAUUAAGAAAUCCUCAGAAAUCUAUAAACGCUUUGCCUUCGCAACUUUUAAGACCAUGACACUCUCUAAAUGGCGUCGUGACACAAUUAUUAGCGAGACUAUGUCUGUCCUCCAGUCACAUAUAAUGCGGCUUCGAGCUACGUUGGCAUCAUCUUCCAAUCGCACAACAUAUAUAGACCCCUAUUCCGAAACCCAGGCCUUCUUCUGGAUCCAGAUGCUGCAUGCAGCGUUAGAAUCUAUCCCCACUAACUCAGGACUAGACAUCACCAACCUCCACUUCAAAAGUAUCUCUAUCCUCUUCCCCUCACUCUUUGAAACUGACGACAUAUGGAGACGAUACUAUACUGAGAAACUGUGGACUAGCCUCAAAGCGCGUGCACACACCGCACUUCCGGACUUAAAGUCACUACCAACAGCGCUACAGACACCUGAGCAAUGGCUGAUUCAGCGGGCUGUGGCUUCGGUAUUAUAUGAGAAAUAUCCAUAUUCUGCGAGCGACGCAUCAUUGUCGUACUGCUCCAGUAACCCAAGUGCGGAAGAGCUACUGCUGGAAGUGCGCUGGGCAGUGAAAGAAGCCAGCAAUAGUAGCUUCAACAAUUCCAUGAUCCCAGCUACACAUGCGAUGCUAGUAUGUCGCAUCUUUAACUAUCUGUUAGACGCUGAAAUCCUGCCUGAUGGCGACAGAAAUGACAGCAGGAGAACCUCUUCCCUCUCUACUGCAUCAUGGGAUGCUACUUCGUUCCUUCACCAGCAAGGCCGACCUCAUGAAACCAAGCAGAGAUAUACGGCUGCAGUCUUCUGGUCCCACAUGGUUUUGCACGCGUUCAUCGAGACCGACAAGGUCUCUUCGUUCCACGCCAAAUUUGCGAGCUGGCGGCUAAGCUCUCCUUCUCAUCAGAUGAGGAGAUAA